AUGGCCGCCUCAGCACUCCUCAAAAGUCGAUGCAGGAGGGCGAGCUACUUAAAUAAAUUAGCCAAGGCUGAAGACCUCAUCGACCUGUUCCCUCACGGCUCAUAUGUCGGCUGGUCGGGCUUUACAGGCGUGGGAUAUCCCAAGAAAGUGCCAACCGCCCUUGCCGACCACGUCGAGAGAAAUGGUCUCCAGGGCAAGCUCAAAUUCAACCUCUUCGUGGGUGCCUCGUCCGGAGCAGAGACCGAGAACCGAUGGGCGCGACUCAACAUGAUCGAACGCCGGGCUCCGCAUCAGGUCGGCAAGGAGAUCGCCAAAGGCAUCAACAAUGGCAACAUCAAGUUCUUCGACAAGCAUCUCAGCAUGUUCCCCGUCGACUUGAUGUAUGGUUUCUACACCAAGCACAAGGCCAACAACCGCCUGGACGUGGCCAUCAUCGAAGCUUCUGCCAUCACCGAGGACGGCGGCAUCAUUCCUGGCGCCAGUGUGGGAGCGUCUCCAGAGAUCAUUCAGAUGGCCGACAAGAUCAUCAUCGAGCUCAAUACCGCAGUCCCCAGCUUCGAAGGUCUACACGACAUCACAAUGACUGACCUCCCACCACGGAGAAAGCCUUACCUGAUUAUGGCACCAGAAGACCGCAUUGGCACACCGCAUAUCCCCGUCGACCCAGAGCGCGUGGUAGCCGUCGUCGAAUCCGAUUAUCCCGAUCAAACCACUGAAAAUGCUCCCGAGGAUGAGACUUCCCAGGCUAUUGCUCGCAACCUGAUCGAGUUCUUGGAACACGAGGUCAAACACGGCCGGUUGCCCGUGAACCUGCUACCUCUUCAAUCCGGGAUUGGUAACAUUGCAAACGCUGUUAUCGGCGGUCUGGCGAAAGGAGGAGCCAAUUUCAAGAACUUGAAGGUUUGGACAGAAGUGUUGCAGGACUCCUUCCUUGACCUCUUCGACAGCGGCAACCUGGACUUUGCCACUGCCACUUCUAUUCGUUUCUCUCCUGGAGGAUUCCAACGUUUCUAUGAUGGCUGGGAGAACUAUCACUCCAAACUCAUCCUCAGGUCGCAGCAAGUGUCGAACUCACCUGAAAUCAUCCGUCGACUUGGUGUGAUCGGCAUGAACACCCCCGUCGAGGUCGACAUCUACGCACAUGCCAAUAGCACAUGCGUAAUGGGCUCGCGCAUGCUCAACGGCCUGGGUGGAUCCGCUGACUUCCUCCGUUCGUCCAAAUACUCCAUCAUGCAUACACCCAGUACGCGACCUACCAAGACGGAUCCUACCGGCGUGAGCUGCAUCGUGCCAAUGUGCACGCACAUCGACCAGACGGAGCACGACCUGGACGUUGUUGUGACUGAAAUUGGUCUUGCAGACGUGCGAGGAAUGUGUCCUCGCGAACGAGCCCGCGAGAUUAUCAAGCAGUGUGCUCAUCCCGAAUACCGGCCCAUCCUACAGGAUUACUUCGACAGAGCGGAGUAUGAGUGCUUGAAGAAGGGUAUGGGUCACGAGCCGCACUUGCUCUUCAACGUAUUUGAUAUGCAUAAGAAUCUGGCCGAGAACGGAACCAUGAAGAUCAGUGGCUGGAAAUAG